CUGACUUGAUGCAACAUGAAUUUAAUUAACUGUCAAUGUUAUAGCAAAAUAUUUUUAUUAUACUUUGUUUUUUCUUUCUUAUGGAGAGGGAUCCUUCGUUUCAAUUCGCCCCCAGGCCUCGGUCGACCGAAAGCAACUUCCUCGAUGCUUCGCCCAAUGAACAGCACUUCACCGAAAAAGAAAUCGCCAACGAGGUAUGUCAGCUAGCGGGUGCUAGGUCGAUCAGAAAAACAGUCAGAAUGGCUCUGAAAAUGGAAAGCCCUAAUAACAUCGAGAGGAAAUCCUACGCCGAUUUGCUCUGCCUACCGACGAAGAUGUACCUGGAGAGUACUUUGGUGCCAGCUUUGAUUAACGGAAUAGCACACGUUGAACGUGUCAGACCUGUUAGCCCCAUAAAAACUUUAGCUGUAUUUCUAUUAAAAAAUAAAAGUUUUUACGAAACGGAAGCGGAAAUCGAAGCUGAUUCCAAAGUUGGCUCAGGCGCGUCAAAAUCCAAAUCUAGAAUUGCCGCCAUGGCUUCCAAGAUUAUUUCGUCCUAUAGAGUUUAAGUAAAUCAAGAGAUGUAGAAAAGUACAUUUGUAUACACCUCUCUAUAUUGUAAAGGCCAUGUAAUGUAAUAUUAAAUAUAAACAGG